AUACUUAUUCCGUCACCGCAAAUCAGCUUUUUCAGCGCUUCCUGGAACUCACCGCCCCUGCGGGUACUAAGGGGCGGGGCUCCGCGAGCAGGGUGCCUAUUGGCUUGGAGUCCGGCCGGCUCUGGGCGCUAAUUGGCCGGAGGACGGUGGCGCUCUGGCACGCUUGCGCGGCGAGUAGAACGUGUGGCGGCGGCGGAGAUCGCGUCUCCUCUUUUGCUCCCAGUCCCGCUGCUGCUUCAGUGUGCGAUCAGCUUGUUCGUCCCGUGCGUCGUCCGCAGCUGGUCUCCCGCCUGCCUCUCCUCUCGGCGACCUCUCCCCGACGCAGAAAUCCAUACUGACAUCUCCAGUGGGCCGGCCGUUCCACUCGCUGCCUUUUCAGCUCCACACAUGGCCUCCUCCGCACAGAGCGGCGGCUCCGGGGGACCCGCGGUCCCCAUCGUGCAGCGGGGCAUCGUCAAGAUGGUCCUCUCCGGGUGUGCCAUCAUUGUCCGAGGGCAGCCUCGGGGUGGGCCUCCUCCUGAGAGGCAGAUCAACCUCAGCAACAUUCGUGCUGGAAAUCUUGCCCGAAGGGCGGCUGCCACACAACCGGAUGCAAAAGACACCCCAGAUGAGCCCUGGGCAUUCCCUGCUCGAGAGUUCCUUCGCAAGAAGCUGAUUGGGAAAGAAGUCUGUUUCACGAUAGAAAACAAAACUCCCCAAGGGCGAGAGUAUGGCAUGAUCUACCUUGGAAAAGAUACUAACGGGGAAAACAUUGCAGAAUCCCUGGUUGCAGAGGGCUUGGCCACCCGGAGAGAAGGCAUGAGAGCCAAUAAUCCUGAGCAGAACCGGCUUGCAGAAUGCGAGGAACAAGCAAAGGCAGCGAAGAAAGGCAUGUGGAGUGAGGGGAAUGGCUCACACACCAUCCGGGACCUCAAGUACACCAUCGAGAACCCGAGGCACUUUGUGGACUCACACCACCAGAAGCCCGUCAAUGCCAUCAUCGAGCACGUGCGGGACGGCAGUGUGGUCAGGGCUCUGCUCCUCCCAGAUUACUACCUGGUUACAGUCAUGCUGUCAGGGAUCAAGUGCCCAACCUUUCGUCGUGAAGCAGAUGGCAGUGAAACGCCAGAGCCUUUCGCUGCAGAAGCUAAAUUUUUCACUGAGUCGCGACUGCUUCAGAGAGAUGUUCAGAUCAUCCUGGAGAGCUGCCACAACCAGAACAUUCUAGGCACCAUCCUUCACCCAAAUGGCAACAUCACUGAGCUCCUCCUGAAGGAAGGUUUUGCACGCUGUGUGGACUGGUCGAUUGCAGUUUAUACUCGGGGCGCAGAAAAGCUGAGGGCAGCUGAGAGGUUUGCCAAGGAGCGCAGGCUGAGAAUAUGGAGAGACUAUGUCGCUCCCACUGCUAAUUUGGACCAAAAGGACAAGCAAUUUGUUGCCAAGGUGAUGCAGGUUCUGAAUGCUGAUGCCAUUGUUGUAAAGCUGAACUCUGGAGACUAUAAGACCAUCCACUUGUCCAGCAUCCGACCACCAAGGCUGGAGGGGGAAAACAUGCAGGAUAAGAACAAGAAACUACGUCCUCUGUAUGACAUUCCCUACAUGUUUGAGGCCCGGGAAUUUCUUCGGAAAAAGCUUAUUGGGAAGAAGGUCAAUGUGACGGUAGACUACAUUAGACCAGCCAGCCCUGCCACGGAGACAGUGCCUGCCUUUUCAGAGCGUACCUGUGCCACUGUCACCAUUGGAGGAAUAAACAUUGCUGAGGCUCUUGUCAGCAAAGGUCUGGCCACAGUGAUCCGAUACCGGCAGGAUGAUGACCAGCGGUCCUCGCACUAUGAUGAGCUGCUCGCUGCGGAGGCCAGAGCUAUAAAGAAUGGCAAAGGAUUGCACAGCAAGAAGGAAGUGCCUAUCCACCGUGUCGCAGACAUCUCUGGGGAUACCCAAAAAGCAAAGCAGUUCCUGCCCUUCCUUCAACGGGCAGGGCGCUCAGAAGCUGUGGUGGAGUAUGUCUUCAGUGGGUCUCGCCUCAAGCUCUAUUUGCCAAAGGAAACUUGCCUUAUCACCUUUUUGCUUGCAGGCAUCGAAUGCCCUAGAGGAGCCCGAAACCUCCCAGGCUUGGUGCAGGAAGGAGAGCCAUUCAGCGAGGAAGCCACGCUCUUCACCAAGGAACUGGUGCUGCAACGAGAGGUGGAAGUGGAGGUGGAGAGCAUGGACAAAGCUGGCAACUUCAUCGGCUGGCUGCACAUGGAUGGCGCUAAUCUGUCCGUCUUGCUGGUAGAGCACGCACUCUCCAAGGUCCACUUCACGGCAGAGCGGAGCACCUACUACAAAUCCCUGCUGUCUGCCGAAGAAGCUGCCAAGCAGAAAAAAGAGAAGGUCUGGGCCCACUACGAGGAGCAGCCUGUGGAGGAGGUGAUGCCCGUGCUGGAGGAGAAGGAGAGAUCCGCCAGCUACAAGCCAGUGUUUGUGACAGAGAUCACGGACGACCUGCAUUUCUAUGUGCAGGAUGUGGAGACUGGGACCCAACUGGAGAAGCUGAUGGAGAACAUGCGCAAUGACAUUUCCAGCCACCCUCCUGUAGAGGGCUCCUACACCCCCCGCCGGGGAGACUUCUGCAUUGCCAAAUUUGUAGAUGGAGAAUGGUACCGUGCCCGAGUAGAGAAAGUCGAGUCUUCUGCCAAAGUGCAUGUCUUCUACAUCGACUAUGGCAAUAGAGAGAUCCUGCCGUCCACUCGCCUGGGUACCCUGCCGCCUGCCUUCAGCACUCGUGUGCUGCCAGCUCAAGCCACAGAGUAUGCCUUUGCCUUCAUCCAGGUGCCCCAAGAUGAGGAUGCGCGCACAGAUGCUGUGGACAGUGUGGUCCGGGACAUCCAGAACACUCAGUGCCUGCUCAACGUAGAGCACCUGAGUGCCACCUGUCCCCACGUCACCCUGCAGUUCGCUGAUUCCAAGGGCGAUGUGGGGCUGGGCCUGGUGAAGGAGGGGCUGGUCAUGGUGGAAGUGCGCAAGGAGAAGCAGUUCCAGAAAGUGAUCACAGAAUACCUGAAUGCCCAGGAGUCGGCCAAGAGUGCUAGACUGAACCUGUGGCGCUAUGGAGACUUCCGAGCUGAUGAUGCUGAUGAGUUUGGUUACAGCCGCUAAGGAGACCAGCACCUGGCCCCCAGCACCACUCACGCCAGUACCUCUUCUCUGCCGGGAGGGUGUUUUCUUCAACUCCAGACCCAGGGGAGUGGGGCAAGGUGUAGAUUGGGUCCAGCUUUGCUUCACUGUAUGGAAGUCUUGUAAGGUGGCAUCAGGGUGGGGUAAGGGAACCCAGGGCUUGCUGCAAAAAGGCCAUCUUCUGGGAUGGCGGCAAUGCUGUCUACAGUCUCUACUAGCUGAUUUUGUAUUUUUAUUUGGGAGUUUGUGGUUUUUUAAAAAAAUUGUCCUCAAAUCAGGAAGAAACAUGAAAGACUUUGUCAUAGUGAAGGGGUAAUCCUGACACCCAGGACCAGCUGCCAGCUGGUACCCUCCUCUGCCUCAGACUGCCCUUCUUUCCCAGCUCUGUCCAACUGUUGGUUAUGUGGUUUCUCUGAUACGUCCAUUCUCCAAUGCCAGCGUGUCCACAUCUGCCUCCUCACCAGCCCGUUCUGUAUUUAAAGCUUUCAAGGCCCAAUAAAAUAGUACAUGCUGUCUGCA